CUUCAUUCAGCCCCCUCAAGAGCUCUUCGUCGAUUCGACUUCUGGGCCAUGCCGUCCAUAUUCAAAAGCCGCAUCGGCCACGGGGAGCUCUCUACCGAGGUGCAGGAGCCUACAUCCAUGAUGAACGCGGUCGCCGGAGGCGCUGCUGCCGCCGGAGGCUUGGCGUUUCUGCUGUGCCAGACCCAUUGCCCGGGGGGCCUCAAGGGGGCCAUUGGGGGCAUGCUGGGCGCCAUCAACCCCAUGAGCCUCUUCUCGAAGAAGGACGAGAAGGAUGCGAAGGACGAGGAGAACGCGGCGGAUAGCAUGGAGAAGCUCCAGAAACAGGUGGAUACCAUCGAGAAGCAGCUCUGCAGCAUGAACUGCAAGCUGACCUCCAUGGUGGGCGCGGCCGCGGGCGCCGCGGCCGGGCACGCCUACAACAAGUACAAGAACCGCGGCGGCUGGCUGACAUGCAGAAGGACGUGAAUCAGGCCAACUGUCAAGUGCGACGCCUUUGCUUCGAUGCCGAGGAGCCAAAGGCCAAGGAGAAGAGCGUAGUCAUGGACUUCAUGUGAGGCUCCUAGCGCGCAGUGCGCGCGCAGCGCGCGGCGCGCGGCCUCGGGUGGGUCCCAAAGCGGAAAAGGGAGAGCUA